ACAAUAAAGUUCGGAUUUCAUCCUUUCCACAAAAGAAAACCGCGAUCUUCGCCCCCGCCACCGCUACUCCAGUGACUUUGCCACCCCCGCGGACACGCUUGUACUAGACGACUUGGAGGGCUAGAGACGGGUCAACCGGGAAUUUUCUGGCCCGGCGAAUUAAUCUCAAAGAAGAGGUCCCUUACCUCUGACAGCAGUAAUAAUAAUUGCGUGAACAGCAGCUUCGCUCUAAAAGCUGACAGAUGGCGCCGUCUAAUCCCUGGCAGCUGCCAGUGCAGUUUAGUGAGUGAUCGAAGUUGGCCGUCCAUCAGUCAAAGGCUUUGAGUAGCCUCGGUAACACCAGGCAGCAAGGCAGCCCAAGGUGACCUGUGUCCAGGUGACACCAUCCUGGCUAUCAAUGGCGACAGCACAGAGCAAAUGACACACAUGGAGGCUCAGAACAGGAUCAAAACCUGCACUCAGCAGCUCACACUCAACAUCAGCAGGUCGGGAUCAGGAGAAGGAGUGUGGUCGCCAACUGUUAGUGAAGAUGGCAAGACAAGCCCUUACACGGAGCCUGACUCACAGAAUUUCCGUCCCAUCACCAGCGGAUAUGGCGGUUACAGCCGUAAACCCUCAUACACCCCGGAACCCCAGUCCCCGCAGGCUACCCAGCCCACUCACCUGAAUAACGGACACUCCAGACCCAACAACGGCCACAGCUAUGGAUACGGAAAUGGAACCGGGCACGCUCCGUACAACAACCCAGCCGGACUUUAUGCUGGCAGCAACGGAGACAGAUCUCUGCCAAGCAAGAUGGGGGGUCUCAGCCUCAGCACCACACAUAGCCCAGAGCCUCCCAUACACUCCCCUGUGGGCCCUAAUGGUUUCGACACACAGUCAGACGUCUACAAGAUGCUUCAGGACUACGAGGAGCCCGCCUCUGAACCCAAACAGUCUGGCUCCUUCAAAUAUCUCCAGGGAAUCCUUGAGGCUGAGGACGGAGGUGUGUCCCCAACAGAGAGAAUGAGAAACUUAAAGUCUCCAGUCAGGUCUCCAAUCCCCAAACUGGGAAGCCCCAUCCCCAGCCCCAUGUCUGGUCUUCAGAAGCUACCCCAGUGCACACGCUGCUCUAAUGGGAUUGUCGGCACCAUCGUGAAGGCCAGGGACAAGCUCUACCACCCCGAGUGCUUUAUGUGCGACGACUGCGGCAUCAACCUCAAGCAGAGGGGCUACUUUUUCAUCGAGGACAAUCUGUACUGUGAGACCCAUGCCAAGGCACGCGUCCAGCCCCCAGAGGGCUACGACGUCGUUGCAGUGUACCCCAACUCCAAGGUGGAGCUAGUCUGAGACAGAGAUGGGGCUGGUCAUACUGUAAUAUAACUGGGAAACCAAAAUAUGGGAGAAUGGGGCUACUGAAUAUCCUAGCCUACAUUUAUUAGGCUCUGUCAAACCAGAAUGUCAAUCUUGGAUCAGUUUUGUCUUUUGGAGAAUCCUAUGAAAUUUGUGUUUCGGUAAUAUUCUCGUGUAUAUUGAGAAUAUUGAAAUAUGUUGAGAAUAAGGCUCGGGUCUGAAGAAUAUCCCAAAACUCACUCUCAUUAAAAAGCUGACAUUGCUAUGUCCCAAUCUGACAGCCUUCAUCUCUCAAUCAGUGAGUUUACAUUGAAUCCUAAAUACAAGACAACCAGUUAUGGUCAUAUUAACAAAACAGUGUUCAUAUGCAAGUUCGUAUCCACAUCACAAGCACAGCAUAAUACCAGAUUAAUCCAUGUAACAGAAACAAGAAACAGGGCAGAUGCCUUGAAGAAAAAGGAAUGAGAUGUUCAUGCAGCUUUAAAUGACUACACCAGCAGCCAGCUAUCUGUUUUUCUAACCAACAGCAUAUCGCUUUAUUAUCAGUAAAAUUUCCAAUGUCCCAGGACAACCCCCACUCAAGCCUUAACUGUAGAACUGUAGAACACUAAUGUUUGUGUGAUAUCACAAGAGAUUUUGGAGGUGAUGGGAUUGUUUUGCUGUGAUGAACUGUGCAGAACAGUGGGUGUUUUUUCUGCCUUCUGACUAGUUUUGCAUUUAGCCAUUAUAACGACAGUUUCCCAUGCAGCAUACUACACUACAAAAUUGUCAGUGUUUUGGAAAAGUCAUUUAAAGUAUAGUGAUAUAUUGUUUAAGUUUUGGUUAAUGGGUUUAAAGGUUUCUCUGUCUUUUUAACUAUGUUACAGUUAACCAUUAUACUCCUGUUGCAGUUUACUCCAUGUAUGCAGUUUACUUUUCAGACUUUCAGACAUAGUUUUUUGGGCUUUCUAUGUUACGAAACUGGGGAACAUCUCUCUUCGAUUGCCACUUUUCAUUCAAACUUUUCAGUUAUUCGAAACAAUGAACAAUUAUUCAUCAUAUGCAGAUCAGGUAGAGGUAUAAUUGUGAGUGGCAGGAAUGUGCGUCAGUAUGCUUUGGGGUGUGGGUUUACUGAACUAUAACCUAUAGUGAGAGCCUUCGAAUGCAGCUAUGCAAGCACCACCUUCUGAUAUGUAAACAAAACCCUGCAGGAGACGUCCUCAAAUCUCUGUGAGAAACUCUAGAACUUGUUUAGAAUCAGUUUAAGAAUUUCUCCCAGCUCUGAUCACAACAGCCUCAAUUUAUAUUCAACAAAUUGCAAAAAAUGAGGCUUUAACAACGACGCAACUUAGUCCAAUGCAGUGAAUGCAUGCAAUGAUGACAUAUUGAAAAAAGAAGGUAAAGUGCUUCCGGCUCAUGCACCUGACUGAGAGAGGAAUUUCAACUCUCACACUGAAGAAUUCAAGUUCAUACAGACAAGAGCAGAGUUCACGGGGUGUGUUCAUUAAAAACACACCAGGUUAACACCAAUACGCCCUCUGCUCCUCAUGACAACUUUUUAAAAUGUUAAUGUGCAUUUGAGACAGGAGAUACAGCCAUAGAAAACUGUUAAAAACUCGUAAACUGGGACUCGUAAACUUGGAAUUUUGGACCCGCUACAUAGAUGCAUGGCAGUUACUCUUUGAAAGAUGGAAAAGACAGAAGUUGGGCGUUUGCAUAGUGUUAUUCCCUUCCUACUAUGAAUUCAGAUUUCUGGUCAAAUGAAAGAUAUUUCAACAUUGCCUCUGAGAGAGGGGGGAACAGAAAGGGAGGGAGUAAGGAGGGGGUGAGAAAGAGAGUUGAGGGGACGGCAUGUAUUUUCUUCUCUUGACAGACAUUCUCUCUGCAGGAAGAAAAAAAAAACGUGCCAUUAUGACUGCAAUAUGUGGCCAUCUUUCUUGGCUUAUUGUGAAGAGUGAAGUAAACGGGGUGGAGAGUGAUUUUAUUCUUAAUUUUAAAAAUGAUUCUAACAAAACUACUUUUGUGAGUUGAAAUGAGAAUGAGGAUAUGAUAUUUGCAGUGCUGAUAUCCAUCUUUUUUUUUUUUUUUAGAUAUCAACAAUGUUGUGUAGCCACUGGUAUGCCAUCUAUACCAGUUUUCUUGUAAAUUAUGUGAAAAUUAUACUGCUACGACAUUGUUUCUUUGGUAUUGUACAUAUUUCUUUUAUCGUGAUCGCUCUAACAUAUAUAUAACAUGUCACUCAUAUGCCUUUGCAUAGCCUGUGUCUUAAAAUUAUUUCUUUGACACAAAUCCUCUUCUUGUGUUUAACUUAUUGUUCUACCAACACAUGUUUUUGUUCUGGAUAUUCUUAUUUGCUUUUUAUGUCUAGGAUCUAAAUAAAAUGAGAAGUGCAUCACCAUGA